UGCAGUUUUUAGCUCAGAAGAAUUGCCCACCAGGGAAUCCCUCCACUUCUUCCCAGAUGUGGGCUCUCUCAGGGGUCCCACAAUCGCAAGCUGUGAGUGCUUGGGUGUGUUUCUAUUUAUUGCACACUUAUUGAAAAGUGUGUAUGUGUGUUGGGGGAGGGGCGUCAAAGAGAGAGAGGAAGAGAAGGACAGAGAAACCCACUCCUUCUGUGACCAUUUGCGCACUCCGUAGUCAGCAGCUUCUGGAGCCGGCGGUCUCAUAUGGUACACAGCUCAGAGAUGACACUCUCCUGGAAAAUCCUUAUGGUGACUCCUUUAUUCUUCCUCCUGCCCCUUCACUCCUCGGCCUCUCCAGCCUACCACAACCAGCUGGACACCACCCACUUCAAAAGCCACACCUGUGUAGGGUGUGUGCUGGUGGUUUCUGUGAUUGAACAGCUGGCACAGGUUCACAACUCGACUGUGGAGGCCUCGAUGGAAAGAUUGUGUAGCUACCUGCCUGGAAAACUGUUUUUGAAAACCACCUGCUAUUUAGUGGUUGACCUGUUUGGAUCAGACAUCAUAAAACUGCUUAGUGCACAGAUGAAUGCUGAUGUGGUGUGUCACGCUCUGGAGUUUUGUAAACAGGACAGCGGCCAACCUUUCUGUCAUCUCUACCCUCUUCCCAAGGAGGCGUGGAAAUUCACACUAGAGAGGGCAAGACAAAUAGUCAAGAAAUCCCCGACUCUGAAAUAUUCUAGAAGUGGUUCUGGCAUUUGUUCACUCCCAUUUUUGACCAAGAUCUGUCAGAAAAUUAAACGAGCUAUUGAAACUUCUGUGCCACUCAAAGACAUAGAUUCAGACAAAUACAGCAUUUUCCCAACACUGCGGGGCUAUCACUGGCGAGGGCGAGACUGUAACGACAACAACAAGUUGGUGUACCCGGGCAGAAGGCCAGACAACUGGGAUGUACAUCAGGAUACAAACUGUAACGGCAUUUGGGGUGUUGAUCCGAAAGAUGGAAUUCCAUAUGAGAAGAAAUUCUGUGAAGGUUCACAGCCCAGAGGAAUCAUUUUGCUGGGAGACUCAGCAGGGGCUCAUUUUCACAUUUCUCCAGAAUGGAUCACCGCUUCACAGAUGUCUUCGAACUCCUUCUCCAAUUUACCAGUAGCUCUUAGUGAUGAAAUUGACUGGCCUCAACUCUCUGGUGUUACUGGAUUUCUGGAUCCCACUAGCAGAAUUAAAGAAAAAUCUAUUUACCUUCGUUUACGAGAAAGAAACCACUGCAAUCACAGGGACUACCAGAAUAUUUCAAAAAAUGGUGCAUCUUCCCGAAACCUGAAGAGAUUUUUAGAAAGCUUGUCUAGGAACCAACUGUUAGACCAACCAGCCAUCGUUAUAUAUGCCAUGAUUGGAAAUGAUGUCUGCAACGGGAAAGCUGACCCAGUUCCAGAAAUGACCACUCCUGAGAAAUUGUACUCCAAUGUCAUGCAGACUCUGAAGUACCUCAAUGCCCACCUGCCCAAUGGCAGCCAUGUUAUUUUUUACGGCUUACCAGAUGGAACCUUUCUCUGGGAUAAUUUGCACAACAGAUAUCACCCUCUCGGCCAGCUGAAUAAAGACGUGACCUAUGCGCAGAUGUACUCCUUCCUGAACUGCCUCCAGGUCAGCCCCUGCCACGGCUGGAUGUCUUCCAACAAGACGCUGCGGACUCUCACUUCAGAGAGAGCGGAACAACUCUCCAACACAUUGAAAAAAAUUGCAACCAGCGAGAAAUUUACGAACUUCGAUCUUUUCUACAUGGAUUUUGCCUUCCAUGAAAUCAUACAGGAGUGGCAGGAGAGAGGCGGGCAGCCCUGGCAGCUCAUUGAACCCGUGGAUGGAUUCCACCCCAACGAGGCAGCUUCGGUGCUGUUGGCAGAUCACUUUUGGAAGACAGUGCAGCUCCGAUGGCCCCACAUCCUGGGAAAGGAGAAUCCGUUCAACCCCCAGAUUGAAAAGGUGUUUGGAGACCAAGGAGGGCACUGAGCCUCCCCGGAACAUGCACCCUGGGAAUGCGGGGCAGCAGCGCCGGGUGAGCUCACGCAGCAGGCCAUUAUGGGGGCUGCUUCGUCACAAGCCCAAAGGACCCUCU